AUGUCGCAAAAAGAAGAAGGCUCAAAAGAAGCGAUCAUUAACACCUCAACAACAACAAGACCGCCAACGGAAGAGGACUCUUCAUUUGAAAAGAAACUAACCACACCACCAUCCUCCAAUACAACUCCGAUCAACAAUUCUCAACAACAAGAUCAAGAAUCUGAUGAAAAUGAUGAGGAUUAUGAAGACUAUGAAGAUGAUUCCGAAGACUUUGAAGACAUAGACAAUGAAAUAUUAGAACUUGCCAAGCUAGAAUCCAAACAAGAUUUAUUGGAUCAAAUGAUGAUGCAGUUUGUAAUGGGAAAGGAUGGAACUUUGAUCAAAACCGAUCAUGAUCCUUUUGCAUACGAGGAAGGAAUCGGAGAUGAGAGCGAGGAUGAUGAUGAUGAUGAUUACUACGAUGUCGAUGAUGAUGAUGAAUUUGAUGCAGAAUUGGGUGAAGAAUUUUUCAACAAGAUGCUAAAUAGUGUAAAUAAGCAAAAGUUUGAUAACGUGUUGUCUCCAAUGAAAAAAUCAAAGAAUAACACUCCCUCAAAAACUAAGAGUGUAGAUAUUGAAGAAGUGGACGAUGCUGUUGAAUUAGAUUUGGUCACAGGAGGUGCUCGUGAAAUUAUGAAGCAAUUAGAGGAAAAUGAGGAAUUGGAUUUAGAAAAUGAUCAAGAUUUCCAAGAUGGCAUUUUCCAUACUUUUUCGAUUGACACUUACCCAAAUUUAAUCCAACAAAUUUCACUUUUUAUCUCGACAGACAUUUGCAUGAGCGAAAACUCGGGCUAUUAUAAUAUAUUUCAAAGUGCAAUGAAACGAUUUUACAUGGAUCUGAAGAGGUAUCUUUUAACGCAAAAAGUGAGAAAAGAAUCGAACGAUCCUACGCUACAAGUCUCUACAACUAUGUCCAGUGAAGAUUUGAAAAUACGUUGUUAUGAAGUUCAACCAAGCGUGAAUUAUCUUCAACAUAUUGUCACCAAUGCAUUUCUCCCAAAAUCUAAUCAACACAAGAGUGAAAAUAUUCUAGAAAAUAAUGAACUCGUUCGAAUAGCAAAGAAAGUGAUACAAUCUAAAACUGAAAAGAAGGAGAAGCUUUCAAAGAUUAUGAAAGAUUUUGUAUGGUCAGAAGAUUUCGAUACCAACAGAACUUCAAUAUCUGGUGAAGAAGAAAUGGAAGAGUUUGACGACGAUCCUGAUGAUCCAGAAUAUGAAUCAGUCGACAAUCCUGAUGAAUUAGACAAAUUGAAGAGAUUCAAGACGAAUGGAGGGCACAUUAAAUUGCUAAAAAUUGGAAACUUUGUUCCAUCGGUGAAUUAUGAUGGCCAAUACGUAUUGAAAGCUUCACCACUUACACAAAAGCUCUACUACAAAUUAUUUACAUUUUUACCAAGAUAUUACCCUCAUCCAAAAACCUUUUCUGAGAAACAAUAUCUGGAAAACAUUUUAAUGACCUCCUCUGUGAGUGCAAAAACUUUCAAUACCGAAGUGUUGAGAGAUUUUUCACGGUUCAAAGUCAGUCAUCUGUUAUCCAUUGAGAUUGAUUAUGAAGAUAUCAUUGGUAUUCAUUUACAGAAAGUUCCAAUUUCUAAAUCUAUUCAAGACCAUCCACUAGCAUUGUUGGUGUUAGAUCUUAAACAACAACCAAAAUUUUACACCAAACGAAUCUAUUGCACCGAAUUUGAAAGAAAUGACUCUAGAGAACGAACAGACUUUACCAAAAAUAAGCAAGCAUCUCAAUACAGUAGACAUUACGUUAUCGGUGACGAUAGAGAGUUGCGAAGAAUACUAUCGGUGAUGAUUCAUAGUGACAGCAGUGGUCGAUUAGCUCAAAUAUAUGAACAAGGAAUGCAAGAUAUUAGCUUCCAAAAUGAACCUUCGUGGAAGCUCACGGAAGAAGAAACCCCCAAAUUUAACAAACGAGAGAAUAUCGAAAUGGCCAUACCUUUCAAUCCUGAUUUACCAGAAGGAUUUUUAGUUUAUGAAGAUGAAGAAGAGGAAAUGCUCAAUCAUGCCAAUUAUGAUUCUGAAAUGGACGAAUUUGAUUUCAAAAAUAUUGAAACAGUGCAUCUUUAUGAUUACCCAAACGCAUCAGAAGAGUAA